GCCACACACAGACGGACACCCUCCGCAGAAAAUCAGGCUGUAUUUCCCUUAGUUGGACAGACACACAGACGGACACCCUCCACAGAGAAUCAGGCUGUAUUUCCCUCAGUUGGACAGACACACAGACAGAAUGCAGGCGACUGAGAAGCCUGUUGGCGGGGCUGAGGGCUCGGCGCUGAGCUGCAAUGUGUGGGAGGAGAAUAAGGAUAGGGGCGAGAGCUACAGCGCAGACUGGCAAAGUGUUGGACUAAAGACCCAGCCCCAGGACAGCCAGACGGUGAAUGCGAUCGACGAUUCCCGCCGCGAGUCGUUCUGGCGGCAGUGGGAGACCCGGCCGUUGGUGCAGGGCUGCCCGUCGGGGGCGAUCCGGCUGGGCACCGUGGAGCGGGGCCUCCGGGAGCACCAGCAGCUGCCCUACAGGAACACCCUCCCGCUGCCCAUCUUCAGCCCCGCCGAGCUGGGCCUCCGCCUCGGCCGCGGCGCCCCCCACCUCCCGGAGGACCUCCGCCCCUUCGCCACCCCGGACGGGUCCUGCGCGGCCAAGAGGUCCGUGGGCGACAUCAUCAAGGACCUCCCGCCUGCCAAGCCCACCAGGAUGGAGUUCGCCAAAGGCGCCCAGUCGCUGGGCCGCUCCAUGUCACAGGAGGCCCAGAGAGGGUGAAAAAAGAGGGAGAGAAAGAGUGGGCUGAGAUAGAGGGGGGAGGAGCGAUAGGAAGAGGCACGCAUUGGAGAAACGAUGGAAAGUUGUGUCAAGGAUAGAUAGAAAAUUGCACGAUGUAUUGUGGGCGUACAACCCAUCCAAUCGGGGAGAGUAUGGAAUCAUGCAUGCAGAUAUCUCAACAACUGCUAUUUUUUUGCCCAAAUAUUAUUUUCUCACAGGCGUUAAGAAUCAGUUCGUAGAACUUCCUCCACCAUCGAGCGUGAGCAUAGCUGCAAGCCACAGUGAAUGCCUCGCUGUUCUGUAACGGAACGCAGCCUUGCAGCUGUUCGUCUAGCCGAGCUUGCUGCUGACUCCGGAAUCGGCUAUGAUGUCAGACUCUCUAAACGAAUCUCUCAGCUUGUUCUGGCUUUGCCAUAGGCAAGUCUGGGGCUCAGGAUUGGCAUUGGCCCUUCAUGGCUAUUGUGGUCGCCGAUUUCUGUGGAGAAAUUACAUUAUAAAGUUUUGUUAUUCUGGGGUAGCUGUUAAUGUCUGCCCAACUGCUUCCUCUAGACCAGCAGUGCACAGCAAGGGCAAGUCCGCUUCAGGAUUCUCAGGAUAAUGAUUUAAUUAGCUAAAUAAUGUCUUGAGCAGACAUUUGUAUAUGCACCAGCGACACCUGCAGACUGCACGUGUAUCCUAAAGAUUGUACUGUGCUCAAGUACAGGAGUUAACCAACAUAAUUUCUAGAGCUGUCAUAAAAAUAAAUUAAGCAAUUGCUUGGAACAAAAACCAGCCUGCAGACCGGCCCUCCAGAAACUGAGUUGUGCACCCCUGCUAGACUUUCUAGAGAAUUCCAGAAUGACUGGGUGGCAGCAUAGGGCAUUAUUUUGGGCUGAUCAGAACUUGGCUCUUCGUCAGAGAGAGCCCGUGUGACCCUGUAUCAGAAGGGGUGUUGGAUUGCUCUGUGUGACAGUAAGUGCACUUGGCCCCUGUCCCUUCUUGUUUCAUAAGCUGGAAUGUCCAGAAUGUUCCAGAACAAUGCCAAUGGCGUUAGUGGAGUAGAGGGAGAGGGGAAUCGAAAGGCGAAUUCCACCCAAAAGCGAUGAUAGAACUCACCAUUGUAUCAUUGUUGCUUUUGAAUUGCAGAAUACUGAGUAAUGGUGACAAGAAAGGUUUGGAGUCUUUUGUUUAAAGUGAACUGCGGCCUCCUCUGCAAUUCUUUAUUUGGGCUGACAUAUUAUGUCAAACCUUAGAAAUUAGGUAGAAAAGAGGACCGACAGAUUUAAGUGAUGAUUUUUGGUUGCAGUUCCCCAUUUCAAAUCACCAGUUUGGCCCAGUCCAAUGUACUUCUUGGACGCACUUGGAUAUCUUUUGUCUAUAGCAUGAUUGCUACACUUUAUGUAAAAAUGGAUAAAUCGUCAUUGUGGAUCUGUUUUGAUCAAUUAAGUUGAAAUGUUAUCCCAGAUUGUAACAUUUUAAUUUUACA